UCAGAUAUAUCAAACCAGACAGACAGAUGAUAAAAUUGUCACAGCCACACACUAGUGGUGAAAAGUGAUUGCUAAAUAUUUUCAAUUACCGAUGGCGGAACCUGAACUUUGAUGUGCGUGAAGACACAUUUCCUAUACAAAGAAAAGAUGGGAUGUAACUGCAGCUCCGACUACUCAGAUGCUGACUGGACUGAGAACUUGGAUGAAAUUUGUGAACACUGUAACUGUCCAGUCCAGCCACAAUCAUGCAUACCAUAUACAGAAGAACUAACUCCCUAUCUAUCACCGGGUUCGCCACCUUUGUCUCCUCUACCUGAGAACAUUGCAGUGGCUUGCUACAGCCAUGAACCCACCCAUGAUGGUGACUUGGGCUUUGAAAAGGGAGAGAAACUCAAGAUACUUAACAAGAAUGAUCCAGAGUGGUAUUUGGCAGAGUCUCUUACCACAGGACAGAGGGGCUUCAUCCCACACAACUUCAUUGCAAUGAGCAACGAGGAGACCGAACCGUGGUUCUUCAAGAACAUUUCCAGAAACGAUUCCAUGAGGCUCCUGCUUGCACCCGGGAACUCGAAGGGCUCCUUCUUAAUACGUGAGAGUGAGACAAGCCCAGGGUCAUACUCCUUGUCAAUCCGGGACGUCGAUCAAAAUACGGGUGAAGGAGUGAAGAACUACAGGAUCCGCAAUUUGGACAACGGUGGCUUCUACAUCACCUCUAAGAUAUCUUUUAAUUCACUGAAGGAGCUUGUCCAGCAUUAUAUGCGUGAUUCGGAUGGUUUGUGUACCAAGUUGGUGAAGCCAUGCCAGUCAAGAGCUCCUCAGAAACCAUGGUGGCAAGAUAAAUGGGAGAUCCCCCGGGAGUCCCUGAAACCGGUGAAUAAACUCGGUUCGGGCCAGUUUGGAGACGUCUGGAUGGGUUACUACAACAACGACCAGAAGGUUGCCAUAAAGAGUCUGAAAAUUGGCACAAUGUCGACAGAAGCCUUCCUGGAAGAAGCCAAUGUAAUGAAGAACCUGCAGCAUCCUCGCCUUGUGCGCCUCUUUGCCGUGGUUAGCCAGGAGCCCAUCUAUAUUAUCACAGAGUACAUGGACAACGGUAGCUUGCUGGAAUACCUAAAAACAACCAAGGGGAGUAAACUGCCCAUUAAAACUCUGAUAGACAUGUCAUCCCAGGUAGCAGACGGGAUGGCUUACAUUGAGCAGAAGAAUUACAUCCAUAGGGAUCUACGAGCUGCUAACAUCCUGGUGUCCUAUGAGCUCAUCUGUAAAGUAGCAGACUUUGGACUUGCCAGACUCAUUGAGGACAGUGAAUACACAGCGAGGGAGGGAGCAAAGUUUCCCAUCAAGUGGACCGCCCCAGAAGCAAUAAAUUAUGGAAAAUUUACCAUCAAGUCUGAUGUGUGGUCCUUUGGGAUCCUCCUAACAGAAGUAGUCACAUACGGACGCGUGCCAUACCCUGGUAUGUCCAACCCUGAGGUAAUGCAGAACCUGGAGCAGGGCUACAGGAUGCCGAAGCCAGAAAAGUGUUCAGAAGGACUUUAUAAUAUUAUGUGUCUCUGUUGGAGGGAGAACCCAGAAACUAGACCAACUUUUGAGUACCUGAAGAGUGUUUUGGAGGACUUCUUUAUUGCCACAGAGCGUCAGUACGAGGAGUAGCCUUGAUUGCGCACAGUCACAUUCCCACUGUAUGGUCUAAGUUGUCUGCCUCCUGUAAUACUUCCACUAUAUGUCUUUCAUCACAGUUCUUAACAUGUUACUGUUGUUUUCCUCGCGAGGUGCAUUCCAAUAAUUGUCUUUUUUGUACAAUAAAUCAUUGAAUGAU